UCACUAAUCUCACAUUUAUUUCAAUCAAAAAAAAAAUGGAUCCAAGAUUUAGAGGUAUAAACUUGGAUGAUAUACUAAAUGGUUCAUUCUCUUCAUCACCAUCACAAGUUGUUUUAAGCGGUCAGAAUAAUACUAGUAUUGGUAUUAUAGAUGGGGAUGGGGAUGGGGAUGAAUUAGUUAAUGAAGAUUGUGAUUUAUCUGAUGCAGUUUUAGGCUUCAUAAGUCAAGUUCUUAUGGAAGAAGACAUGGAAGAUAAAACAUGUAUGCUUAGUUAUGAAUCUUUACAUCUCCUUCAUGCCUCUGAAAAGUCUUUUUAUGAUGUUAUUGGUAAGAAAUAUCCACCUUCACCAAUAUCUACUACUACUACUACUACUGAUGAAAGUUUGUAUUCUGUUGUUGAUAAGUAUAUUGAAAGCCCAAAUGAUACCAGUAGCUCAUUAGAUCAUAAUAGUACUAAUAAUACUAGUGCUUAUAUACACUUUGAUGACUUAAAUUUGCCAUCAUCAUCAUCAUCAAGUAGUGGGACUCAUGGGAGGUGGGAUUUUAGUGAGAAUACUCCUUUUUACGGAUCGGAUAUGUGUGAUGAGAAUGAAAUGAUGAUGAUCAAGUUUAAUAUGGGUGUGGAAGAAGCUAACAAGUUUCUUCCUACUGAAAACAAGUUGGUUGAUUAUAAGAAUGGCGUUGGCCAUGGAUCAUCAUCCUUCACGGGGUCGUCAAGGGUGAGAAAAAGUCCUUUUGGGGAUGAAGAUGCUGAUGAGACAAGGAGUCUUAAGCAAGCGGCGAUUUUCCAAGAUUCUACUUUGAGGACCAACGAGAUUGACUUGAUUCUACUUUGUAGUAUGGGGCAAGGUGACGUGGCUUUGAGGUUGAUGCGAAAUACGUUGAAGAGUGAAACGGGUAAGGAUAAGUUAAAAGAUAAGGAACCAAAGGAUUUGGUUAGAGGGAAAGGGAAAGGUCGUGGGAGAAAACCAAAAAAUAAAAAACAAGUGAUAGAUUUGAGAACCCUUUUGGUGACUUGUGCUCAAGCUGUUGCUGCUGAUGACACAAGGAAUGCAAGUGAGCUUUUGAAACAGAUUAGGCAGCAUGCUUCACCUUUUGGGGAUGGGAGUCAGAGGCUAGCACAUUGCUUUGCAAAUGGUUUAGAGGCUCGGUUAGCUGGAACGGGUAGUCAGAUUCAUAGAGGACUAGUUAGCAAGAAAACAUCUUCUGCUGAUUACAUUAAAGCAUACUAUCUCUACAUUGCUUCUUCCCCUUUUAGAAAGAUAUCAAACUUUGCCUCAAACAGAACGAUAAUGGAUAUGGCAGAGGACGCCACAAGGAUACACGUCAUUGAUUUUGGUAUCCUCUAUGGCUUCCAAUGGCCUACUUUCAUUCAACGUAUUUCACAAAGGAAGGGUGGGCCUCCACGGCUCCGUUUAACUGGAAUCGAAUUUCCUCAACCUGGGUUCAGGCCGGCUGAAAGGAUAGAAGAGACCGGUGCCCGGUUAAAGGAGUAUGCCAAGCAAUUUAACGUGCCAUUUGAGUAUAACGCCAUUGCUAAAAGAUGGGAGAAUGUGAAUGUUGAGGAUCUUAAGAUUGAUAAAGACGAGUUUUUAGUGGUUAACUGUAUGUAUCGAUCCAAGAACUUGCUUGAUGAGACUGUGGGUGUUGAUAGUGCCAGAAACGUGGUCCUUGGUUUGAUAAAGAAGAUUAACCCAAACAUCUUCAUCCAUGGGAUUCUUAACGGGUCUUAUAACGCUCCGUUUUUCCUGACCCGGUUCAGGGAAGCUCUGUUUCAUUUCUCUGCGUUAUUUGAUAUGCUUGAAACGAAUGUACCGCGUGAAAGAUCAGAAAGAAUGCUGCUGGAAGGGGAACUAUUUGGAAGGGAAGCGCUGAACGUGAUAGCAUGCGAAGGAUGGGAAAGGAUAGAAAGACCCGAGACGUAUAAGCAGUGGCAUGUGCGAAACUUAAGAGCAGGGUUUGUUUCAGUGCCGUUUUCUCAGUCGAUAAUCAAAUUGGCAGAAGAGAAAGUGGGGCUGUAUCAUAAGGAUUUCAUGAUAGAUGUAGAUAACAAUUGGCUUCUACAAGGAUGGAAAGGACGAAUAAUAUAUGCCAUUUCUUGCUGGAAAACUGCAUAACAAGCAUCAUGCAUGUAAUUCCUUCUGUGUUUUAAAGAAAAACUUUCAGCUAGCAGCUGCUUGCUUUUACCCGUAAGUUAACUUGAUCUGACUCGACAUUUAGGAUGUAAGAAAUCAAUAUUAAACUGUAAACAGGAUAGUUUAUAUGGAACUUUUUCAAUGUUGUGAAUUGUACUGAACUUGGCUACUUUGCAUAACAGUUACCUUGCAUAAUAUACCUAGUAUAUCUUAACUAUGAUUCA